GCACCGGACUUGGAAAGCUUUCCUUAAAGUCGACUCCUUCCCCUCCCCCCCAGUAUUUGGGGAUGCUUGCAUUGUUCACACUUCGGCCUUUGCGCUGCCUUUCUAUUCCAUCUUCUUCGGUCUUUUGCGUGUCGAGUAGACUCUUUUCGUCGUCUGGCCGAUUCCACCACUCCGCCAUCAUGUCGGACAUCUCUGUGCAAUUGACUGCUCCUAACGGACGCUCCUACACCCAGCCCAUUGGUCUCUUCAUUAACAACGAGUUUGUGCAGUCCAAGUCGGGUGAGAAGAUUACUUCUAUCAACCCUUCUAACGAAGCCGAAAUUACCUCGGUCUAUGCCGCCGGUGAGGAGGAUGUGAACAUUGCCGUGGAGGCUGCGCAUAAGGCCCUGAAGGAUCCUUCUUGGAAGCAUCUGCCCGCCACUGACCGUGGUCAUUUGAUGCUGAAGCUCGCCGAUCUGAUUGAGCAGCACAAGGAGACCCUGGCCACUAUUGAGACUUGGGACAACGGCAAGCCGUACCAGGUCUCGCUCAACGAUGACCUCGGUGAGGUCACCAACACCCUCCGCUACUAUGCCGGCUGGGCCGACAAGGUCACCGGCCAGACCAUUGGCACCACUCACCAGAAGUUCGCCUAUACUCUGCGCCAGCCCAUCGGUGUUGUUGGUCAGAUUAUCCCCUGGAACUUCCCUCUGGCCAUGGCCGCCUGGAAGCUUGGACCUGCUCUCGCCUGUGGUAACACUAUCGUUAUGAAGGCCGCUGAGCAGACUCCUCUGAGCAUCCUCUACCUGGCCUCGCUGAUCAAGGAGGCCGGUUUCCCUCCCGGUGUCAUCAACAUUAUUAACGGUCACGGUCGCGUGGCCGGGGCUGCCCUGGUGCAGCACCCCGACGUGGCCAAGGUCGCCUUCACCGGCUCAACCGCGACCGGUCGCGAGAUCAUGAAGAUGGCUGCUGGUACUCUGAAGAACAUCACCCUCGAGACUGGUGGUAAGUCGCCCCUGCUGGUGUUCGAGGACGCCGACCUCGAGCAGGCCGCCAAGUGGGCCCACAUCGGUAUCAUGUACAACCAGGGUCAGGUCUGCACCUCCACCUCGCGUAUUCUCGUUCACGAGUCCGUGUAUGAAAAGUUCGUCGAGCUCUUCAAGGAAGCAGUCAAGACUACCAGCAAGGUCGGCGAUCCCUUCGAGGACGAGACCUUCCAGGGUCCCCAGGUCACCAAGGCCCAAUACGACCGUGUUCUGUCGUACAUUGAGGCUGGUAAGUCCGAGGGUGCGACCCUAGCUGCCGGUGGCGAGCCGUUCAAGAACGUCGGCGACGGCCGUGGUUUCUUCAUCGCCCCCACCAUCUUCACCAACGUCAAGGAUAACAUGCGCAUCUACCGCGAGGAGGUGUUCGGUCCCUUCGUCGUCAUUGCCAGCUUCACCACCGAGGACGAGGCCGUCACUCGCGCCAACGAUACCACCUACGGUCUGGGUGCUGCGCUGUUCACGCGCGACAUUGAGCGCGCGCACCGCGUCGCCUCGGACAUCGAGGCUGGUAUGGUCUGGAUCAACAGCAGCAACGACAGCGACUUCCGGGUGCCGUUCGGUGGUGUCAAGCAGAGCGGUAUUGGCCGCGAGCUAGGCGAGGCUGGCCUCGACGCUUACUCGCAGGUCAAGGCGGUCCACGUUAACAUGGGCAGCCGUCUGUAAAGAAUCGAAUUCGGAUAUAUGGAUUUGAUAUAUGUAUCCGUCGAUAUGGGAGCUUGCGCUUGGUUUCUUUCUGCUUGUAACUAGACAACUUUUUAUGUUUUGAUGACCCAACCAAAUAUCCAACCAUCUCUCACUUUGGACACGCAAGCUUAUUCCUGGAUUGGUUUUGUUGCUAGCCUUGAUUUUCUAGUCCAAUAGGCAUUGUAUCUGUAUCACAAGUCUUCAAU